AUGUACAUAUUUUUUUAAAUCUGAAUGGGUGGAAACGGGGUUGAAUGUUUUUACGACAUUUGCGCGGACGAAGACUAGUAUUUGUUCUUAAGAUGCUUAUGCAGUACUUACUAGUAUCAAGCUCUUAAUUCUUCUUUUCAUAAAUUUGUACUUUUUACGGUAGCGAUUAUUUUGCUUUUCAUGUAGGACGUUGUUCAUUUUUAAAGCAAGGGGUACCUGAUGAAUAAGUUUGUAUUCAUUAAAUACACUUUACACGUUACAGAAGUAGUGUUAGAAUCAAUUAUUAAAACAGAACUUGACUUUUAUUUUGUAUUUUCACCGUAAAUUACUAAAUUUCAGUGUAAAGUAAAUAAACUAGGAUUGACAUCAACAUCACGUUGACAUAUGUCAGAUUAAGUUAAGUAGACUUUACACUCUGUGAUUUCAAUAUUAACAUCUGACAAAAUUAUUACCUGGUUCAGUACUACCAACAUAUCAAAAGCAAUAUACUCUUGCAGACUACAAAUACGAAAAUGCAAGUGAAUGCAUUGCAAUGAAAUAUUUAAUCUGUAGAGGGAAUGCAGGCCGGUGUUUCAUUUGGUUGUUUAUUUAUUUCAAUUAAAAGCGUUUGUAAAACAGUGUAAUAUAAUGCGAAGCAAUAAUGUCCGAAUUAUCACAAUAUAAAAAAAUAUUUCCCAUCGAUAGUAUACAAAAAGUAUACGAAUUAUUUGAAGAGCAACUACGCAGUGACAAUGACCCUGAUUUGGCUCUAUUUUCUAUCAUCGUUGGUGCUGUCGAAAAUAACUUAACUAAUGUUAAGAACUGCGAUAAAGAUGUAAACAUUAUUAACGUGUUGACAAAUAAGCUUGCCAAGAUUAAGUUUCCAUGCGUAGAAUGGGAGGAAGUGAAGGGUCUGCAUGAGCGGUUCGUGUCUUUGAUGCGCAGCGGCGUGGACGCGAAGCUGCUUGCCGGCGAGUAUGCGACCCGCGAGCUGGUGAAGCGGGUGGCCGACGUGGUGUGGAACUCGCUAACGCGCAGCUACUACAAGGACCGCGCGCACUUGCAGUCCAUCUACAGCUUCCUCACUGGGAACAAGCUCGACUGCUUCGGCGUGGCUUUUGCCGUCACCGCGGGUUGCCAAGUGCUGGGCAAGCGGGAUGUGCACCUUGCGCUGUCUGAAGACCAUGCUUGGGUAGUGUUUGGAAAAGACGGGACUGAAACAGCAGAGGUGACAUGGCAUGGAAAAGGCAAUGAAGACAAGAGGGGCCGAUCUGUAGAGGAUGGAAUGUUGGCACGUUCCUGGCUGUAUGUAGCGGGGAAGCCUGUGGUGUGCACCAGACUGAUGGAGCUGGCGGCGCUGGUGUCUUCCAUCAACAUCACACUCACCCCGACCAUUGAUGUUCAUGAAGUGGCACAAAUGCAGCACAGGCUACUCUGGCUUCUUUAUGAAAAUGGAUGCCUAGACAUGUACCCAAUGGCGCUGGGUAACCUCGGUGAUUUGGACGAGUACAUGAAACUUUCAAACUGCUCUGAUCAAUCAGAAAACACACUACCAGAAGACACCUCCAAAAGUGCCUCUCGACCAGACUCUGCUGCCUUAUACACCCAAGCAAUCCGUUCCUCAAGAACACACUAUGAGGACCGGCAUGUGUACCCGUACACGUUUCAGGGAGGGUAUUACCACCGGCAUAAGAUGUACAAGGAAGCGUUUCAUGCUUGGGCGUGUGCGGGUGACGUCAUUCGACAUUACAACUAUUCUCGGGAUGAUGAAGAAAUCUACAAGGAAUUUUCGGAAAUCGCCAACGAGCUAAUACCCCAGUUAAUGAAGGUUGAAAGCUCAGGACAUUCGGCGCGGUCGAUUCUUAAAGAUCCGGAAUGUUUUGCUUCCCUUUUAAGAUUCUACGACGGGAUAUGUAAAUGGGAAGAGGGCAGCCAGACGCCCAUCCUACACAUAGGCUGGGCAAAGCCGCUAGUCAGCACCAUAUCCAAAUUCGACGCAGAAGUCCGAGCGCAGGUCCACAUCAUAUGCAGCCUCGACGACUCCGAGAAAUCCGAGUCCGAAAGCAAAGAGGAGGAGAACAAAUGGAACAACAACUCGGAAAGCGGCGAGCUAUCCGUUCGGGAGCAGCUGACCGCAGCCGUCAACAGCCGACCGCGGGUUACCCUACACAGUCACAAGAUGGCGGCCCUACAGCCGCUGCUGCUCGCCGAGCGGUUGAACACGCAUGCGUUGCAGCUGCAGCUGACCGCGCAGAGCCAGCUGCAGCGGCCGCAGGCGCCGGCCAAGCGGCGCGACGACGACGACGCCAACACCAGCCGCGCCAAGCGCGCCCGCCGCGAGCGCUGAGCGGCCCCCCAUGUGAGUUACGUGGCCUUGGUCUCCGGUUCAUGCUGUAGGUUGCCGUAACCACAUAAUACAUACUACAGUCCCUUUUGUCCGGGUCUACUUAAAACGUAGUCUGACUAAUUCGCGUUAUGCCUAGACCAAUCGAGAAAUAGUCGCCCUGAGACUUAGGCCUAAUGAGUUUUUGUCCAAAUGCGAAUCUGGCACAAGAAGAUUUAGGCCUCUUGUAUUAUUGUCGAAAAACGAAUCUGGCACAGAGAGACUUACACUUAUGUAUUAAGUUUGUAUCCAAAAGCGAAGCGCUUUGCGGGGCUCCUAUUUCUGGGUAGUGUGCCCUCCGGGCAUCUGAAGCUACCUAACGAACCUAACCUACCUAACUAUUAACCUGACUAAUUGUGACUUCCCUGAAAACAUUACACUUUGGAGGGCGACUAGGUAAUUAGGCGUAUCGCGAAAUGGACAAACAACUACUUCAGCUUACUGCGUUUGGGACAUAUUGCGAAAUAGGUAAUAUAAGUAAUAGGUCAAUAGAGAUUUAGACGAAUAGCGAAUUUCAAAUGAAGUUUUGUCAUAACGCGAAUUAGUCAGACUACGUUUUAGGCAGACCCGGACAAAAGGAAAUAGUGCAUACAGCCCUAAAAAUAUUCAUGUCCAUAGGGAUAGGAAUAGUAUAGUACUUACAGCCAUAAAAAUAUUUACAUUCAUAGAUAUUCGAAUAUUUUUAAGGCUAUAAGCACUCUUUUUACGUCAGCUUAAUAAGUUUUGUUAAAGUUUUACUCCCAUAGUUCCGAUCACUGGAUAUAUCGGAGCGGCCGAGGUGCUCAAAAAUAUCUGA